UAUACCUAGUUAUAUAUACGUUAGUUAACAACAGAACCGUUGGAAUUGUUUUUGUUGGAUCUGAUGCCAUUAGAAUUAGAUUGUAGCAAUGGGGAAGUAGUUGAGAAUUGAGAUUGAGAGUGUGAGUUGAAAUCUGAAUCUAGUGGUACUAGGGAGCAUGGCAGGUCGUAGAGACGCACUUCUGACGAGAGAGAAGGGCCAAUCAGCCGUUGGAUCUCGAAUCGUCGGCGCCGUCGUCCUCGGCGUUCUCAUCGGCUGCGUCUUUGCCUUCUUCUCUCCCAAUGGGUUCUUCACCUCCGCUCCCACUCCUCCUCACAUUCGCAACCCUAAUUCUAAGAUGGUUUCAUCUGCAUGUGAAUCGCCAGAACAAGUUAAUGCGCUUAAAGUAGAUAUUCUAUCAGCGAAAGAGAAGAAUUCCGAGUUGAAGAAGGAGGUAAAGUCGCUUAUGGAGAGGCUGCGUUUGGCUGAGCAAGGAAAGGGUCAUGCACAGGAACAGUUUGUUGUGCUCGGUGAGAACCACAAGGCUGGGCCUUUUGGCACUGUCAAGGCCCUGAGAACCAAUCCACCUGUCAUUCCUGAUGAAUCUGUGAACCCCAGAUUGGCCAAGAUCUUGGGGGAAGUUGCUAUUUAUAAAGAACUUGUUGUUGCUCUUGCCAACUCUAAUGUGAAGGAGAUGUUGCAGCUGUGGUUCACCAACAUCAAGAGGGUUGGCAUACCUAAUUAUCUGGUUGUUGCCUUAGAUGAUAGCAUUGAAGAGUUCUGCAAAUCCAAUGAUGUUCCUGUAUAUAGAAGAGAUCCUGAUCAAGGUGUUGAUGCAGUCGGGGAAAGUGGUGGUAACCAUGCUGUUUCCGGGUUGAAAUUUCGUAUUUUGAGAGAAUUUCUGCAACUGGGUUACAGCGUUCUUCUCUCGGAUGUUGAUAUUGUGUACUUGCAGAACCCCUUUGAUUAUCUUUACAGGGAUUCAGAUGUGGAGUCUAUGUCUGAUGGUCAUAAUAAUAUGACAGCUUACGGAUAUAAUGAUGUCUUUGAUGAACCCUCAAUGGGUUGGGCUCGGUAUGCUCAUACCAUGAGAAUAUGGGUUUAUAACUCUGGUUUCUUCUACAUAAGGCCUACUAUUCCUUCAAUUGAGCUCUUGGAUCGCGUUGCAAAGCGGCUCUCUGAUCCAAAAUCGUGGGAUCAGGCAGUUUUUAAUGAGGAGCUCUUUUUCCCUUCACAUCCCGAUUAUGAUGGAGUUCAUGCUGCAAAAAGGACGAUGGAUAUGUACCUUUUCAUGAACAGCAAGGUUCUCUUUAAGACUGUUAGAAAAGAUGCUAAACUUAAGAAGCUGAAGCCAGUGAUUGUACAUGUUAAUUACCAUCCUGAUAAGUUUGCAAGGAUGAAGGCAAUAGUUGAAUUCUAUGCCAAUGGGAAACAGGAUGCGCUGGAUCAUUUCAAAGACGGUUCUGAUUGAUAGGAAAAUUAUAAAAAAUAUGUUUCUAACAUGGAAAGGAUUUGUAUGCUCCAGUUGAUGUGAUACAGAUAACAGCGGCCACCCUUUCAGUUCACUUCCCAGGAUCAGUUUUCUGUUGUGUUUUACAAUUUGUUGUGUUUGAUGAUUAAACAGGUUUUUUGUACUGUACUCCAUGCUCUUAACUUUGUAUAUAUUUCAUCUUUAUAAUGAGUUGAAAAAUUCUAUGUCUCUUCAAUGAACUUGGCUGUUUUGUUGUUGUCUUUCUAAUGUAGAGAAAUUAACUGUUUGUAUUACAGUUUUGGGAUAUGAAAAAUAGCAUGAAGGCCUUGGUUGCUCA